AUGUACAAGAACACCAUAAUGUUGGCCUUGACCGCCGACACUGCAGAACAACCCGAAUUCAACAGACUCUGUCAGAGUCUGAACGACAUCAAGUGUUCAAAUGGCUCAAAGACAUUGACCCCUCUUCCCUACAUCACCGAGCACAAGACAACUAUGAACCUGCACGGAGGAGCACCUUCCUCAAAAGAUCUUCUUAUUGCGAUCGAGCGGGAGCUCGAACACUUUAACGAAGUCUACAUCACAGUCGAUGCCAUUGACGAAAGCAAUCCUCGCGAAGACUUCCUGACAGUCAUACGACACUUGGCUACCGACGCAAGAUUCAAAAAGAUCCGGUUACUACUCACAAGUCGGGAGUAUUUCGAUAUUGAGACCGUGAUGACCGAGUUUUCGACGUCAAUAUCCAUGAAAAACGAGUUUCUAGACGCAGACAUACGUCUGUAUACAGAAUCACGUCUUAGGAACGAGAAACACGUCAGGAAUUGGCCAGCACAGCUUCAACAAGAGACUGUGGAGGCCUUGUCAAAUGGUGCGCAGGGGAUGUUUCGAUGGGUUGUUUGCCAGAUCGAUGCGCUACGGCGUAUGAGGAACAGAGAAGCUGUCAGGAAAGCUUUGGAUAGACUGCCUAAGACUCUAGAUGAGGCUUACGACCGGAUAUUCGAGCAGAUCGAGGAGGAAGACUUUCCUUACUUCAACUCUGCCAUGAAGUGGCUAUGUUUUGAAGCCAAGUUGCACACUGGCGAAGCUGCAUGUGUUGACGUGCAAACGCUUGCUCAAGCCGUUGACGAAGACAUCUGUGGAGACAAUCCUGAAGGAGAACUGUUCUACGACCCACAAAGUCUCCGUGAGAUUUGCGGAUGUCUUGUUACAGUCACACCAACGACUUUGAAGAAUGGACAGCAGAGAUAUUACAUCUCGUUUGCCCACUAUACUGUUUUGGAGUAUUUGGCCUCUAGCAAGAGACACAAAUUCGAUCCAUUCUUCACGUUAGAAAAGGAUGGACUGGUCCUUGAAAAAGCCGAGCGGAUAUUCGCGAGAGCCCUCUGUGUUCGCGAUGAUGAAUACAAAGAGUAUAGGGCUGUGGCGUGGACUUCUGAUGGUGAACAUUACCGCAUCAGUAAUCUUCCCAACUUUGGAAGCUAUUGCGCUUUCACCUCUAUCGACAUACUCAUUUGCUUCGAUUCCCUUUUCUCGAAGCACAGCGGACUUCUCUACCGUGUACUUGAUGUAUUGGAUACAAGAAAACACCGUUGCCGCCUGCUUUUCUCCAUUUGGAGCAACAGGGCCAAGGCCCUGGAGAGUAACGACUUCUCGUUUAGUCGUGAAGCGGAAACGGACUACCAAAAUUCUGGCUUGCUCCACAACAUCAAGUGGGAGACUAUGCCGGAUCUGGAAAUUCAGGUGCUCGUAAGGCUCCUCAUUUUUGGAUGUGUGCACAUGGCUAGAGCGUUGCUGGAAACAAUGAAGCCACAAGCAACCUUCCAGGUCCAGCUUGACUUCAAAUACCACUACUGCUACAGCAGAGGAAGUAUGGAUACGGAAUGGGAUUGGCAUUUUCAAGGAUCUCUAACCGACUGUUUUGCAACCUUGUUCCCUGCCACGACCUUAACCUACCGCUGGCCUGGCAACAUCAAUGUGUUUAAACUACUGAUCGAGGUUGGCGCCGGGAGCUUCGACCCACAGGGCGCUCUUCUCCCUUUCAGUCCCUUGCAUGAACACAGUGACGAUUGCGGCGAUUGGUGUGUUUUAAAGAAGCUCCUGAGUCUCGGGGCAAAUCCCAACGCCAGCCGAUGCUUUGUUACUCCAUUGCAAAUCGCUGUGGCAACUUUCGAUGUGGAGGGCGUCCUGGCAUUGCUGCAAGCAGGGGCAAAUCCCAACGCGGAGGGGUGUGCUACUGCUUCGGCAUGGCCGGAUGAUAAGCUACUAUCCAACUUCAACUGUCUCAACGGAUGGCGACCUUUACGAAUUUGCAACCAUAUUUCUGACCCUGAAAUGUUUAACGACUUAAAGGCUUGGUCGGUAGACAUCACAGACAAAGCAGAAGAGGAAGCGGAGACCAAUCGAUCAUCGAUUGAAGCCAUCUUGCUUGAGUAUGGUGCAGAGGAUUGA